AUGAGACGGUUAGAGAUCGAGGAAAGCUUACAAGAUGUCGUUGCAGAUGAAUUCACAUGUGUUGUAUUUGAAUGUAAAUUAAAUGACUGUUCUGAAAAAUGUUCUUCUUACAAAUGGUAUAAGGACGGAAAAAAUAUAGAGCCCUCGCGUAAAGUAAAAACAAUUUAUAGUGAUAAAUGGUAUCGCCUAGAAAUUACAUCAGUUUCGGUCCAAGAUCAUGGAGUUUAUGUUCUCUUAUUAAAAAAUAAUUCAACAGAAACAUUUUCCAAAGCAAACUUGUAUGUAAGACAAAUAAACGAUAGAUGUAAUAAUAUUUAUAGUGAUGUUAUUUAUAUGAAUCCAAUACCAAAAUACAAUGUUGCCGUAAGACAUCUGAGAAGUGCAAAAUUGUUAGUAGGAGACACUAUAGAGCUAGAAGCUGAAUUUAAUGCGGACGUUUCAGAAGAUUAUGUGUGGUAUAAAAGUAAUCGUAUAUUAAUACCAAAUGAGCGUACAAUAGUAUUAAGCGAUAAGAGGACUACCACACUUUCCAUUUUGUGUGCCAAAGAGAAGGAUACAGGUAUUUACCAUGUAGUAUCUAAAUCAGAAUAUGGUAUUGCGUCAAGUUUCGCAAGUAUAGUCGUAAUAAAUACUGACCUAAAUGCGUUAAAUACUAGUGAAGUAGUGCCCUGUAUAGAAGAAGCUUUAGCAGAAGAGUUAGAAGUUAAUAAUGAAGAGGAGAUAAGAUUACUAUGUAAGGCUUCUUAUGAUGUAAACACUUCAAUACAAUGGUCCAAAAACGGGAAAAACUUAGAAAAUAUGAAUAACAUGGUAACAGAAUAUUAUAACAACAGUUACAUAUGUUUGAGAAUUAAAAAUACCUGUUUAGGUGACAGUGGCGAGUAUUUAUUAAAUAUGCGAGAUAAUAUAACCGAUCAAGUAGAUUCGACAAGUUGCUUUUUAACUGUGAACGAAACUCCAGGAAUAAAAACAGCAACUAAAUUAAUUAAACUUUUGCAACCCAUUAUAACAUGCUUUGGAACAACGAUAUCAUUUACUUGUAGUUUCUCGAUGGAUGACCCAAGGUUUUAUUACGUCGUGUGGUACAUUGGUCAUUUUAGGGUUGAACGAACAAAUCACAGAUUUCAUGUGAUGCAUAGCGGAGGAGAUUACAUUUUAAUAGUAAAACAAGUGGACCCUGGAAUGGCCGGAUCAGUAACUUGUGAGCUUCGAAGAUCACUACCUAACAGAAAAUCCCUUCUAAUUAAUAGCGCAACGACAUAUUUGACAAUCGUUCCGCCUGACAUACUCUAUAAAGAAAUUAAACUUAGUAAGCCAAGUUUUAAAAGAUAUGUAUUCGAUAAUGCGAGCUCGAAAACACAGGUAGUUAUUAAAAACGACAGUGAUUUAAAUGGGAUUCAUAAAAAUAUAUCAUCAAAUGGCGCUACGCGUAUGGUGGAACAUCGGGGCAUAAUGGUCAUCACUUAUUGCAGAUUGAAUGAUGAACACUUUUAUUUGGAAAUUGAAAAUGAUGAAAAUGAAAUAUAUGCAAGCCAUCUUGUAGUUAAUAUAAAAACGACAUACUUUAAUUCAUCAAAUGAACAUUCCAUGCUUGUAGUAAUACAAUGGUACAGCACGGAAACAAAUAACAAAUGGUAUGUCAUUGAAUUUGGAAGAACGAGUGCUUCUUUUGUACAAGCAGGAAUAUCGAGUUUACCUAUGUUCGAAAUUAAAGAUCCUCCGAUAGAGCAGAUAAUGAAAUUUCGUAUUUCAACCACAGACUGUCCAAACAACUCCGACGAGUCCAGAGUUUGUAUAUUACCACAUGAAAAUAAUCUACAAAAAUUAAACGAUGCGUGUGAGCUAAAACCAAUGGAAGAAUUUGAGACUAUGUUUACGAGAACUGGGGAUGUAAUUGGUUGCGGCGCAUUUGGGAGUGUGGUUCUUGUUAGAGACACGAAUGAAGAAUUCUAUGCAGCAAAAAUAUUAAAGACUAGAACACAGAAAAAAAGAGAUACAGCUAUGAGAGAGUAUGAAACUAUGAGAAAACUGCAUCAUUCUAAACUCGUAAAGCUUUAUCAAACAUUUUCGUCGAGAGACUCCUUUAUUUUAAUUAUGGAUUACCUAUGGGGUGGAGAGCUUUUCGAUAGAAUAGUUGAAGAGGAACAUAUCAAGGAAGUCGAUGUAGUACCUUACGUUCGUCAAAUUUGUGAAGCGUUACUUUAUCUACACGACCAAAAAAUUGCCCAUUUAGAUUUAAAACCAGAAAAUAUAAUUUGUCUUAGUCCUAACUCCAGACUAGUGAAAAUCAUAGACUUCGGUUUAGCGAGAGUACUUGAUGAAGGUCACGUGACAAGAGCUAUAUACGGAACUAGGGAUUAUGUUGCCCCUGAAGUUUUAAAUUUUGAAAGACUCACUCUUGCAUGUGAUAUGUGGAGCUUGGGAGUUGUAACUUACAUGUUAUUAUCUGGCGUUAUGCCUUUUAGUGGUGAGUCUUGGCCAGAGCGAUCAGCUAAUAUCACAAUGGCUAAUUACGACUACCAUGAGUCAGCUUUUAAAGAAAUAUCCGGAUUAGCAAAAGACUUUGUAGAUCGCCUUUUAAUUUUACAACCCGAAAAACGUAUGAAAGCAUCCAUUGCUUUAAAUCACCAGUGGAUUUUAGAAGGGCCACCCGGUGGUGCGAAAGCGGGACAUAUGAAACGAGCUAGAGAAAAUCUGAGAUCUUAUCUAGCUAACCACAGAGCUAGGUGGCAAAGAGCUGGUAAUGUCAUGAUAGCAGCACAUCGUUUGCGGACACAUGCGACCAUACAGCGUAACACUAAUACCGAAGAUGCCGACAGAGGUGCUCCACGAGUUACC